CAGGAGUGGUACAUCUUGAAGGUCAGCGGGUCUGGAGGCGUUUUAAGUAGGCGGCUGGUUGGCAGUUUUUUUUUUAUCACGCAGUGUGAGUCUAUAAUUCUCAUGUUCAGACUUUGGUUUUGCCAUGGUUAGGAGAACUUCAGAAUUUUAAAUGGUACGGCUGGAUAAAGUCAUCUUGUUUUUUCUGUUUCACUUAGUUAAAUACCGUAACGUUUGAAUGCACUAUAUCAAUGUAAAGCAACUUUAGAGUAGUUAAUUCGUCAUUAUUUGAACACUAUGAAGGGUUAGCUGCUUUAUUUCUGGCAGCUUCGAGCCAAAUCACACUGAUAAUGAGGAGGAAGGAGAUGUCAUUCUGUGAUAUUGCUUUCUGCUUAUUUGUAUCGAGUGAAUUUGUCACCGUUGUUUAUGAGUAAUAGAAGAGCUCUACACUUUGUUUUCAAAGUAGCUAAUCGCAAUGAAACGAUUGACUUUUACAAACGGAUUCUUGGAAUGAAGGUUUUACGACAUGAAGAAUUCACUGAAGGUUGUAAAGCAUCCUGUAAUGGACCAUAUGAUGGGAAAUGGAGUAAAACUAUGAUAGGUUAUGGUGGUGAAGACAAUCAUUUUGUGAUUGAAUUGACCUACAACUAUGGAGUGGGAGGUUAUCAACUUGGCAACGACUUCCAAUAUAUUCGUAUUCACAAGAAAGACGCCUACGAUAGAAUAACUGACGGGUUAUGGCCUAUCACAUUGAAAGAAGCAGAUGCUGUGAAGGUGGAGGCACCUGGUGGAUAUGCAUACUGGGUGCAUAACUAUGAGAGUGAUGGUGAUCCUGUUCGAAUGGUCGCGUUGGCUAGUUCAAAUCUUCAACGGUCUAUCGACUAUUGGUCUUGUAAACUUGGUAUGACAGUUGUCUCGUCGAACGGAGAAGAAGAAGCAGUAUUCUCUUAUUCAUCGAAUCAAUGUCAUUUAAAGUUGAUUUCUAUCCAUGGAAGGGUAGAUCAUGCCAGUGGGUUUGGUCGUAUUGCUUUUGCUUGUCCAAGUGCUCAGUUACCAAUACUACAGAAUUGCAUGGAUGCACAUAAGGAGACAAUUCUAACACGUUUAGUUAGUUUGGAUACACCGGGUAAAGCUACAGUACAAGUGAUUAUUCUUGCUGAUCCUGAUGGUCAUGAAAUCUGUUUUGUCGGUGAUGAAGCCUUCAGACAGUUGUCACAAGUUGAUCCGCAAGCUGAUAGUCUACUUCAAUCAGCAAUACUUGCGGAUAAAAGUGAUGAAUGGUUCAAGAAACAUGGAGGGAAAACAACCAAAUAAGAGUGUUAUCAACGUUUUUGAUAUCAUUCAGUUGUUCCUGUGUGUGUGUGUGUGUAUGGAGCUGAGAAACUAUUAUUUUGUGAUAAUUGAUUAUUGACUUCUUUAUCAUGUUGAGCAUGAAUUAUUUUGUACGCUUUUCUCAUCAGGAAAUAUAAUUUUAUGCAUGUAUGG